CCCUCUGCAGAAUAAAGGGUUAGGAAGUGAAAGUGAAAGUCAGAGUCUCCAUUUUGUGUGGAGGAGAAAAUACAGCAUUUCAGGAGUAAAAACACAGGUUUGAUUUAACACACCGAUGUUGGAGUGAAGUAAACGUGUGUCCUGCUGUAAUCUGGAGAAGGAGACAUGACCUCCAACAUGAGUGUGUCUGGAGAACAGGACUUAAAGAGAGAAGAGAGAAUGAUGAAGAGAAAGAGAUCAGACUCACCAGAACCCAGCUGUGUGUCCAUGAAGAGUGACUGGUCAAUGCAUCAUCCAGUUAACUUCAGAGACGGAGCCAGUUCUCUGUCUGAUGUGAGACCACAACAGAAGAAAUCAAACCUCAGCAGAAAUCAGUUGGACUCCAUAUUCAAGGAGCUGGAACACAAAGUCAUCACUCUGAUAAAGAAUGAGCUGAAGAGGUUUAGGAAGCUCCUGAGUCCAGAUUACCCAGCAUGCACUGAGAGGGAGGUGGAGGAUGAGGAGGAUCUGCACAGUGUCGGAGACGGAGCGCUGAAGAUCACACUGCACGUCCUGAAGAACAUGAACCACACAGAUCUCGCUAACACACUGCACAACAAACUCGCCUCUGUGUAUCAAAAAAAGCUGAAAUCCAGCCUGAGAGAGAAGUUUAAAAGAAUUAAUGAAGGAAUCUCACAGCAUGGAAGCUCAGCACUUCUGAAUGAGAUCUACACAGAUCUCUACAUCACAGAGGGUUGGAGUGGAGACGUCAAUAAUGAACAUGAGGUGAGACAGAUUGAGACAGCGUCCAGGAGACCAGCAGCACAGGAGACACCCAUCAAAUGUAAUGAUCUCUUUAAAGACGAGUCCAUCAGAAGAGUGCUGACUAAAGGAGUUGCUGGAAUUGGAAAAACAGUCUCUGUGCAGAAGUUCAUUCUGGACUGGGCUGAAGGAAAAGCAAAUCAGGACGUCACCUUCAUGUUUCCACUUCCCUUUAGAGAGCUGAAUCUGAUGAAGCAGAAACAUCUCAGUCUGAUGGAUCUUCUUCACUUUUUCCCUGAAAUAAGAAAACUAGAAGUAAUAGACUGUGACUCCUACAAAGUGGUGUUGAUCUUUGAUGGUCUGGAUGAGUGUCGACUUCCUCUAAAUUUCCAGAAGAAUGAGAGAUUGUGUGAUGUGACAGAGUCAGCCUCAGUGGAUGUGCUGCUGACGAACCUCAUCAAGGGGAAUCUGUUUCCCUCUGCUCUCCUCUGGAUCACCUCUCGACCAGGAGCAGCCAAUCAGAUCCCUCCUGAGUGUGUAGACCAGGUAACAGAGGUACGAGGGUUCAGUGAUCCUCAGAAAGAGGAGUACUUCAGGAAGAGGAUCAGUGAUCAGAGCCUGGCCAAUAAAAUCAUCUCACACAUGAAGUCUUCAAGAAGCCUCUACAUCAUGUGCCACAUCCCAGUCUUCUGCUGGAUCUCAGCCACUGUUCUAGAGAGAAUGUUGGGUGAAGCAGAGAGUGGAGAGAUCCCCAAGACUCUGACUCAAAUGUUCACACACUUCCUGAUCUUUCAGAUCAAACACAAGGACCAAAAGUACCAUCAGAAAUGUGACCCUGAUCCUCAGCAGACCAGAGAGAGUAUCCUGGCACUGGGAAAACUGGCUUUCCAACAGCUGGAGAAAGGAAACCUGAUCUUCUAUGAGGAAGACCUGAGAGAGUGUGGCAUUGAUGUCAGAGAAGUGUCGGUGUACUCAGGAGUGUGUACCCAAAUCUUCAGAGAGGAGUUUGGGCUUCACCUGGGGAAGGUGUUCAGCUUUGUACAUCUGAGUGUUCAGGAGUUUCUGGCUGCUUUAUACACGUUUCUCUCCUUCAUCAGCAGAAAUGUAACAGAACAACAAUCCACUGAUCUGUCUGAUCUUUUCACCAAGUCAGACAUGUCUGAUCUCCUCAGGAGUGCAGUGAACAAGGCCUUACAGAGUGAGAACGGACACCUGGACCUGUUCCUCCGCUUCCUUCUGGGUCUCUCACUGGAGUCCAAUCAGACACUCUUACGAGGCUUAAUACCACAGACAGGAAGCAGUUCUCACAGCAAACAGGAAACAGUCGAGUACAUCAAGGAGAAGAUCAGGGAGAAUCCAUCUCCAGAGAACUCCAUCAAUCUGUUCCACUGUCUGAAUGAACUGGAUGAUCAUUCUCUAGUGCAGGAAGUACAAACUUACCUGAACAGAGAAGGAUACAGGUGUCUCAGUGGAACCAGACUCUCUCCUGCUCAGUGGUCAGCUCUGGUGUUUGUGUUACUGAACUCAGAUCAGGAGCUGGAAGAGUUUGAUUUGAGGAAAUAUGACCGAUCAGAGGAAUGUCUUCUGAAGCUGCUGCCAGUGGUCAAAGCCUCCAGAAAAGCUGUGCUGCGUGAGUGUGAUCUGACAGAGGAAAGCUGUAGAGUUCUGUCCUCAGUUCUCAGCUCAAACUCCUCCAGACUGAGAGAACUGGACCUGAGACACAAUAAUAACCUGCAGGAUUCAGGAGUGACGCUGCUCUCUGCUGGACUGGAUAAUGCACACUGUACACUGGAGAAAUUGUGUGCUUGCGAGUGUGUUAAUCGAGGAGUGUGUGUUUCCAGGGAACGUGAAGAGGAUGUGGUGCAGGCAGGUUAGCCUACGCUAGCGGGCUGUUUUCUUCCUCUGGUGAAUGCCUCGGCUCUUUUUAAAUAUUAAACCUCGGUUAAACAGGACUUGUUUAACAAUACCCGAAUAAAUUGUUAACUUGUCAAAGGUUUAAACAAGAAAACAGUCGUCACAGCAUUUGAAACCUUUUUUGUGAUCUCCAUCAUGCCUUAGCCGCCAAGCUAAUUGUAAUGAAUUUACCUCAGCCUGUUCACCCCACCAACAUUAUGUCACUAAUUCAGUUCACUUUCCUGAUGGGCACUUUGUUUUAAACUGGUGGUCCCUUUGAGAUCUUUGUGUUUGUGAUGACAUCGAAGGUCACAUGACAAUGCCACAUGGCGGAUGUAGCAUGUCAGGGAUUGUAGUCAUACUACACUGUUACGAACCCAGUCUAGGUUGGGCCGCAACAUACAAAAAGAAAAAAAAGAAAAGGUUUGGUGAGACCAAGAUUGCGUUUGUUUUGCUUUUAUUCUCCAAACAGAGCACCUUUUAUAUACAUAGUGGUUUUAAUCUUCAGAAGCCGGCCAGGCCAAAAUAAUAAACAAAAAUACCCUCUAACUUACCAAAGAAAAAUAACUACACUACAAGAAAAGAAAACAAAAAUACACCGUCUUCCCUCACUCCCUAGCUAACCCAAAAACAGGUGAAAAGAAGAAUCAACACAAAUGGUGCCGACUUCCUACAAACCACUCUUAACCGUGCACUAUUUACAGACGUGACUAUUAGUGUUAAUUAACAAAAGUAAUAUGUACAUAUAUAUACAAGGGUAUCACAUCACAUGAAUCGUAACGGGGCAGAUCAUAAACAAAGUCAAAAUAGGCAUAAGGUCAUACACAGGUGAAAAGCACUUCUCUCUACACACAACACAAUGCAAUGAUCUUCCCUGGGAUGGAGACUGACGAGGCUUAAGUACACUUCGGGAAAUGUGCAGGCAACCAAUCCUGUCGCACCAGGCCGGAGCAGGCGUGGACAAGACGUGAUCAUCCAGUAGCAAGCCAGAACAUACGCAUGCAGUAGGCGGGGCCUAUAGAAGGGGGAGGAGACAAAAGAAACCCAUCCCACCACCGACAUAGACACACAAAUGGCACAUAGAGCACACAGAAAUACAUUGAAUAACGUAACAUCACACAUAUACUGAUUAGUAUGUACACACUCGGGCGCAUUUAAAUGAGUGUUGCAUGACCAAGUUACAGUUUGCAGUGAGAUUUUGUUGAUAAAAAUUGAAGAGGUAUUUAUGAACAGUUUGGACACUUCCCAGGUUCUUAAAUUGGGAGUGGGAGUUGAUGUAGGACUGCUGGCGGCUGUUCUUGUAAGCAUCCCUGCUGGUCUCGUGGAGGUCAGUAGUGGAUAGCUGGCAUUCAGUGCCAGACAAUCACAUGAAAAGGUUUUCUAUGUCUUUCCCAGGUGCUGAAAUGAUGUUGCAGCUAAUCAUAUUUUUUCACGUUUUAUUUUAAUGCUCGUCUCGACAGGGUUCGAAUCCCACUCCCACUUGUGUGAAAAAUUGUUUCACACAACUUUAUGCAUUAUAAGCACAAAGACAUACAUGUAACACAGUUCUGAAAUAAUUACAACGCAUUAGUAUUAUAAUUUGCUUUAAAAUGGUUUCUGUGUUUGAUGGCCAGAGUAUUGUUAUUAAAUGAUUAAUUGUUGAAAAAUAUUUAUCAAAUGUGUAACAUAGAACAAAACACUUUUGCAGCAGUUUUAUAUUAUUUAUACUUCUUACAUUUACAAAAUGUCAACAAUUGAAAUAAAAAUGUUGUUUAGAUUAUUUGCAUUUUAAGCACUUUAAACAGGCACUGUAAACCAAAAUCAAUAAUAGUGAAGAAACACAUAUAUACAUACGUGUGUGUGAGACAAAUAAAAUUUUAAUGUGGAUACUGUAAGUGUGUCCUUAUUUACAUAUUAAUACAAACUUAAACUUAUGCAGUAAAAUAAAGUGAAAAUAUAUCUACAUUAGUUAAAUAUUCAGCAGAAGUGCAAGAUAUUUACAGUGGAACACUUCUAUUCAUUUUCUUUUUUUCUGCCACCCAUCUCAGUCUUUUUCAGCUCAUAAAAAGCAGACUUACUAUUUGGGCCCUGCUUCAGUUCACUUUUACAAAAUAUACACAAGCAACCAAUGUGUGGAGAUUCUGGCCUUUUACGUUUCUGCUGUCCUUUCUCCUUCAAUCGUUUCUUUGUGGUUUCAAGUUCUCUCUGAAAGAACUCUCCUUCCAUAAAGUCUUGAAAUGAUAUUCUGGGGUUUGUUAGUCCUUCACCACUGUAAGCUUUAAAAACCUUUGUGGAACAGUAGAAGAACCUGAUUUUAAAAAGUGGACAGAGGAGUGCUGGCUCAAAUUUAGCCUAUUACCCCAAAACACUUAAAAUUCAACAUAGAAGCAAAUACUCACAUCUAUCUCCGAACCCAGUUGGAGAUAGAAAAAAAGACACCAGCUGUGAGUGAGAAGAAGCAAGGGUUGGUUCCAUUCCAUCACAUGAGAUCCACACCGAUGAGAAUUCUCAGAAGUGAUCUGACACCUGGAGCUCAAGCUCAAGUAUUUAUACUGUAUUUACACAGUAGAUAACCAACAUAUUUCAGAAAGACUAUAUCAAUACCAAUAGGGUUAAAAAAGAGCUCAUCUACAUUACCAUUAUGUUUUGAAAAAGGCCUUUCCAAUUUACCAUUAGGUUCGAAAGUGGAGAGAGACAAAACAAUUUAGAGAGACCUUGGUCUCCCUCUUAUCUCACGGGAUCAGCUUGACUCAGCUACCCUUAUAAAUGGCUCCUCAUGG